CUCACUGUGCUGUUAGUUCAGUGUUGUACAGCUGCAGAAUGGUAAGUUAGGGCUUUGUGAGUUUCACUGCUGUGUUCUGUAUAAUGAACUGCUGCCUGACUUUUAAAUGCUUGAGCUGCACAGAAAUAACUGAACUGUUGCAGAUCUAUAAGAAAAUGUGACACUGUUCAUCCUGUGAAGUCUUUUCUGAGCCUGAAUGAUGACGAUCAACUCCACACAGGUUUCAUAUUUUGUACUCGGUGCCUAUUUAGACACUGGCAUGUUUAAAUAUUUAUGUUUUAUGAUUAUUUUGUGUCUGUAUGUUUUGAUUAUCAGUGCUAACGUGUUUCUCAUUGUGAUUAUCUGCAUGAACAGAAGCCUCCAUGAGCCCAUGUACCUGUUUCUGGUCAGCCUGUUUGCUAAUGAACUGUAUGGUAGUACAGGGUUGUUUCCACUCCUGCUGGUUCAGAUCCUGUCUGACGUUCACACUGUUUCUUAUUCGCUUUGUUUCCUGCAGAUAUUCUGUCUUUAUUCUUACGUUUGUGUGGAGUUUUUAAACCUGGCUGUCAUGUCUUACGACAGAUAUCUCGCUAUCUGUCAUCCUCUGCAGUAUAAAACGAGUAUGACGUCAAAGAAGGUGGCCACGCUUAUAGCUCUAGCAUGGUUGUUCCCUUCUCUUAUGAUUGUAGUUUUGAUUUCACUGAGUGCACCUCUGCAGCUGUGUGGGAACAUCAUUAACAAAGUCACCUGUGGAAACUACGCUAUAGUUAAACUGACCUGUACCGAAACCAGAAUCAACAACAUCUAUGGACUCAUUCACACCAUCAUCUCGAUCAUCACUCCUCUAAUUUUAAUCCUCUACACCUACAUGAGGAUCCUCAAAGUGUGCUUUUCCGGCUGUAAGCAGAGCAGACAGAAAGCCGUCAGCACCUGCACACCUCACCUGGCUUCCAUCCUGAACUUUUCUUUUGGUUGCUGUUUUCAAAUAGUCCAGAGCAGGUUUUAUGUGAGCAGCGUGCCCAGUAUGUUGGACAUCAUACUAUCGUUGUACUUCCUCACAUGCCAGCCGCUCUUCACCCCGCUGCUGUACGGGCUGAAAAUGAGCAACAUCCGCAUUUUGUGUCAACAGCUGUUGUUUGGUGAAGUGUAGGUCAGUUCAGAUGCAUGAAAAAGUAAAUUUGUGCUUUUCAUGUUGUUGUUUCGUAUCCUCUGGAGCUCAGAGAAACGGCGUGAUGGUUUUGUCACUGUAAUUACCUCCAGCUUCCAGGGGGACACAACCAGAAACGCAGCGCUGCUUUGAAAACAACGAUGCAAGUGAUUGUGUACCAACAGUUUAAAUGAAA